CUAAGGCAACUUUAACGAUGCAUCAGCAGCGACUACAGCUCUCCUGACGAAUAGCCCGACGAAGGGAUUCUUUUGGCGGAUAAAACUACGAUAAGGGCAAAACGCGCAGAAGAAAAUGGAACUGCAGCUGAGUACCGCGGAAACGAGAUCGCUGCGUACCACGUCGUUGGACAGAAAACAGCAGCAGCCUAAGCCACAGACUAAUGGCUCGUUGCUGUCCGAGGCCGAAUUCGUAACCGUGGUCAACGUUCACGGUGGGCCGCGUCAACAGCGAUUACUGCAACAACAACAGCAGCAGCAGCAGCAGCAACAACAAUCGACGGACGUCGUGGACGGCAGCAGUUUCGUCACGGUACUGUCGAUCGGCAAUGGAGCCGCCGCCGCCGCCGCGAACAACAAUAACAACAAAAACGGCAGCGUCGUUGCGGCCGGCGUCAACGUCGAUCCCGCCCAUCCCGAGGAGGAGGUCCAAGUCUAUCGGCUGCCCGGCGAGAGACUGGGCUUCGGCCUGAAAUUCGAGGGCGGCAACAAGACGUCGGAGAAGGUCCGCCGACUGUUCAUACAGAGCUGCGCCGAACAGAGCCCGGCGAGCAGGACCACCUGCUCCUGGGGAAAACUCGGCGAAGGCGACGAGUUGCUGUCGAUUGACGGCGUGCCGGUGACGCAGCUCACGCGUCUCGACUGCGUGCGCCGAUUGAAGGAGUCCCAGCUGGUGCUGAGGCUGCUGAUACGCUGCCGAGGUGCUCUGCGGCCCGAGGUCGUCAGCGCCGAGCGCAAGGAUCAGCACAAACAGGUGCAACAGCAGCAGCAGCAGCAAUGUAAACCAACGUCACCGCCGGAGCUGCCGACGGCGCCACCCCCACCCGUACCGCCGAGAAAGCUGAGACACCACCACCACCACCAACAGCAACAACCGCAACAGUCACCGGCGUCGUCAUCGAGCACGGUCAAUCGCGGUCUCGCCGAUGGCGAGGCAAGCCCAGGAGUUAAACAAGCCUGGGAUAGUCCUAAAUCAGCUGGAUCAUCGCAAACUGGAUCGCCUUUGUCACAAGGAAGUUAUCGCAGUGCCGCGAGCAGCAUGAGAUCCAGCAAUUACGAGAGUUGCGCCUCUUCGCCGACCAAGAGUUCGUCCCUGAAGCAACCGCACGCAUCUCCCGUACUGAACAAAGCUAUCAGACAGGAAUUACCGACCGAGGCUCAAGUGUACCUGGACGCUCGUUCGCACGAUGGCUCGAGCACUCAGGGCAGCACUUCCGACGACACGAGCAGCUCGCUGUCCACCGUGGUCGAUCGCUGCUCGGUCUCGGAUCGAUUUUCCACCACCUCGACGAUCUCCCACACGUCCGACGCCAAUCAGUUUCAUCUGGAGCUCGAUAAUGCAGAACUCGAGAUUAACGAUCGCGAGAUCAAUAUUCCCUUGUCGAGCGGUAUCAACGUCGUCGACAUGAACAACGCCGACUUCUUGCUCAAUCGUUUGGCCAACUCGGAGGCCCGCACCUACGUCGAGUCUCGAGGCGACGUCGAGCGAGUCACCGCCGUCGUGGCACCCAACACGGUGCUCAUCGAGGAGACCCCGACGCUGCAGCCACCGCUGUGCUUUCAAGACGCGCCGCUCAGCUACGGACACGAGCCGAGACCGAGCAUAUUUUUCACGGCCAAUCUUGUUGCCGAUUCGCGCACGCAUUUCCGGCCUAUAAAAGACGACGCAGAAAUCGUCGAUAAAGUCGUGAACGGCGAGGCGCCGCCCCUGCCGGUGCGUAACCACGUGAACCGCGUACCUGUAAAUCAGCAGCAGCAGCAACAGCAGCAACAGCAUUGUCAAUCGGCAAAAGAGCCAGAGCGAAGUAAACCAAAUGCUCCUCGGCCACCCAAACCUAUGCCUAGAAAAGAGGUCAAGGGUAAACGUAAACGACCUCCACCUCCUCCACCACCGCCGAGGCGCGAGCCAGCAUCACCUGUGCCGGAGGCUCGGAAUCCCAAUACGAUCAAUAAAAUAUUCAAUGUUGACAAAACAAACGAGGAAGAUAAGAAUCAAAAGAAUCGUAACGAAAGUGAAACAAUCAAUGAUGCGAUUAUUAAUGAUUCGAAUGAAUCGACGGGGCAAAAGAAUUUAGAAAUUAAUCAAAACGUUCAAGAAGAGACGUUUUUGGAGAUAUUGAAGGAUAAGCAGGCGAUCGAAAAAGAGCAGACUAUUUUUGAAAAAUGUGAUAGCAAAGACGUCGAUGAAAUUACUUGUACAGCAUCACUCAACGCAAACAAAACUGAUCCAAUUUCUGUGAAUAAUGAUGUUACAAUCGACGAAAAUAAAACGAUUGAAGAAACUGUAAAAUCUGAUAGUCCAAUCGAUACUUUGGAGAAAUCAGAAGAACUAAGUUCUGAUUCUGAAACAGAAAUUGUUGAAAACGUAGAUCUCUGCAGGGAACUUAUUAAUCAACAAAUUGAAGAAGAAAUUAUGAAUGAAGCAUUGAGUAUCGACAUUGAUGAUCACAGUUUGAGGAUUGCUCGGACGAUUAGAAAUAUCAGAGCAAGAGAGAUUAUUGAAAAAGAAGAUAUCGCAGAUGAGAGUGAAGAGGAUUGUUAUUGGACAAGUAAUUUAACGACUAUUGGAGAAGAGGAUGAAACCAAUUCGUUAGAAUACGAAAAUGAAAUCACAGAAGAGAAGCAGCAGCUGUUCGGAAGUUCAAUGACAGCGGAGGACAACGGUGACAAGAGCUCGUGUGGAACUACGGAACAAAGAGAGCCGGUGACAACAACAACAACAGAGGCGAAGGACGAUUCGUCGCCAGAGGAAGAGCAACAGCCCGAUCAGCAGCCUCAGCAGGGUAACGCGAACAGUACAGCGACAGCAGCAGCAUCAACAACCGAAGCCGAGGAUAAGCAACAGGAUAAAACCGCAGUAAAUGGUAAUAGGAUGGACAACUGCGGAGGUGGCGGCCAGCGCCUGCCCCCAGACGGGGACGAAUUUCCCGCAGCUUAUCAAGAGUUCGCGAACAAUCUCCGUGGCAGAAGCAGCGCCAGCAGCUCCGUCAUCAGUCAACAGCAGCAGUACCAACAGUACGUAGAAUCUCGCGCCGCCGGCGGCAUGACAAUAAACACAACGACGACGUCCGCGACAACGAACGGCAGUAGCACGGAUCAUCUGAUUGGCGAGUCUUGCGUCGACGGAUUCAUCAAAUCCAGCGGCAGCGUCGGUACUCUCGGUGGCCUACUCGCCUCGCUCGACAGCAACAAGAAGGACAAGAGCAACGCGUCGACGACGUUCCUCGAGCUCGAUCCGGACAGGCGCACGUCCGUCAGCAAUUACGUCCUCUACAGCACUCAUCUGCAGAAAAUGGAGAAGAAGCUCGACAUAGGAGGCGGUGGCAAAAACUUUUACUCGAAGGAAAGUGGUAGUAGCUGUAGUAGCGAGGACGACCUGCUGGAGGAGUCGACGACGCCACCGCCCUUGCCGUUGAGCAUGCCACCAAGUGGCAACGGCAACGGCAUGAAAAACAAGAAGGAGCAGCAGCAGAAAGCUGCCAACAACGAUUUGUGGCGCCAGGACAACAUGUCGGAGAAAUCUGUCAAGGACAAGAUAGCCAUGUUCUCGUCGCAGGCGAGCCUCGAUGCGCCCUUAUUUCCCUGUUCCAGUGUCAAGCCAACGACGACGACGAGCACCGCCAGAAAACUCGUCAAGCACAAGUCCUCGGAGGACGUGUUUGGCGAGGAGAAGCGUCACAGCGAGCUACUCGUGCCGAAACUUUCUUCGUCCUCCUCGUCGUCCAUGUCGCCUGCCUCGAACAGUCCGCCGACCAGUUACAACAGCUACUCGACCAGCGGCAGCAGCAGCAUCGGAAUCAUCGGUAACGGCUACACCAAUGGCGGCUCCGCCUCGUCCUCGUCGUCCUCGUCGUUCUCCAACGACAACAACGCGACGAUGGCGACGGCGAUGACGAGCAACAACAACAAGUACGUCUUCUCGAACGGCCACGCGAAGAGCGCCGGCAUCAGCGGAAGCUGCUUCAACGUCAACGACACCUCAGCCAAAGUCGGCAACAAUCUGACGAGGGCCACGAGCUUCUCGGGCUCCGCUACGAGUCUGUUCUCCAGCUCAGAUCGAUUGCAAACUUCGAGCGAGGUGCUCAACGGCGUCGGCAGCGGCAGCAGCAGCAUCGCAAACGGCUUCGUGUCGCGGACGAAUUCUCUCGUGUCGACUCUCAGGCGGCCCAGCGGCGGCGAGGAGUCGGCCAAGAGGAGCAGCUUGGACCAACUUAUCGAGCAACGACGAAAGGGCUACUCCAAGCUGCGAGGCCUCGUGAUACCCGAGAAGGACGCCGUACCUGUGGAUCAGCCGAUCAUCGAUUUACCAGAAAUCAAGUCGAGAGAUUCGAUACUGAUGAAUCAGGUUCCUCGUUCGAAUAUUCAAGACAAAUGGGGCUCGCAGAGUUCCUUGGCCAGCAACGCGAGCACUGUCAGCUCGUCGUUGCGUCCAGUCAACAACGGUCUCAAUAACAACAACAAUAAUAACAACAGCUUGAACUCGAGCUUUAAAAUACCGGCACCGAAAAUCCUCUCCAGCUACUCUCCGGCCUUCAAACGCAAAUCGCUCAACAUUUACAGCGGCACAAAUCAGAACUCGUCCUCGGUGCUGAGUCCCAAGUCGGCGAAUCUUAACAACGGCAACAACAACAUCAUAAACAACUGCAACAACAAUAACAACAACCAGCAGCAGCAAUUGGGCAGCCCGGCGUCGGACGCGCCCAUGAGCCUCGAGAGUAUUUGCAGCCCGACGCGCAGCGACUACAGCUUCAACUUCGUCAACUCGUCGAGCACGUCGCCGGAAAACAAUUACUCGUCCAACAACAGCAACACGAGCAGCGGCAAUAACAACAACAACAAGUCCAAGUACCUGCUCAACUGCAACGGUCAGCGCGGCGGCAAUGGCAAGGGUGGUCGCCACGAGUACGACGACUCGGACAACGACUCGGCCGUCAGCAGCUCGCAGAGCAGCAUAUCGCGCGGCUCGUCGCCGCUGCCCUCGGACAACAACGGCCAGCAGCAGCAGCAGCAUCGCGCCUACGACAGCCUGCAGCAACAGUACAACAAUCAGAAGACGACGCAGAGUCAUCAUCUACAGCUGAGAGCGCCGCAGCACUCGACGCUCAAGCGCACCAGUAGCCAGGAGACGACGGCCAACGGCAACGCGUCCACUUUGACGCCUGGCUCGCAGCAGCUGCAAACCGCCGCUGGCGCGGAUACUCUUUCGAGGCGCGUGCUGAAGCCCCAGAGCGUCGAGGCGAUCAAUCGAAAGAAUAUACUCGCCAGCGCCAGGUGUCGGAGCGGACGCGAUCACAACGGCUCGCCGCUGAUACAGCGCAAAUUUUCCGACGACGACGAGGAGCAGCAGCAGGUCAACGCCACCGCUGCCGGUGCCGCCACGGCCAAUAAUGGCGCGUCCGCUACCAAUGGCACCGCCGGUAACAACAAGAAGCAGGAGAACGGAGGUAGUAGCAGCCGCUUCGUACGUAUGAACGGCAAUGGCGAGGCGACGAACAAACCACAGAUCAAGGUCGCUUACAUCGAAAUUGUGGAGAACGCCGUUAGCGAGACCGAAAAGAAAGAGGUAAUCGAGCAGCAGCAGCAACAGCCUAGGCUACCCCCCAAGAGGAAUAUCGAGCCAAAGAGCGUGCCUAUACCCGCUGCGAGACCAUCGAAACCCGAAAUGCCGCCAGCUCCAAGCGACACGGUAGGUAGAUGGGUCAAAUUGGAAAAUCUCCCGUUCCCCUGGCAGCCAGGAUUCAAUCGCGAAAAGGAAGUCAGUUAUGACGAAUACAAACCAACGCCGAGAUCGCUAUUGAAGGCAAAGCCAAGCGAAAAUGAUUCCGAUUUACUCACUGUGCUGACCACUCAAAGCCGAUCAAGAUCUGCCAUCCACGUCGAGGAUACGAGCUACGGAGAACUAAAGAACCAAAUGAGCUUGGAGGAUAUGCUCGCUAUGAAAAAUAGCGAGACUCCAAAGAAGCUGCCGCGCAGCAAUCAGAACGGCGAGAUGAAGAGUAGCCCCGAUGCGCGUCGGUCGAGCUCGUCCGAUUCGUGGGCCGAGGAGAAGAUGUUCCCCAGCAAAUUAGCAACGCCGUCGGCCAGCGUGAGGUCAAGCCGAGAAAGUAUACUGGACGAGGAGGGCGCCAGCGCUAAGCUUCCGGCACCGAGAAAUCUCGGCCGAAGAAGCGCCAGCGUCACGGACAUGAAGAAGGUGUUCGAAAAGCCCGAGGCAACCAGUCCACCUAUCAGUGGAACUUCAUCGCCGGGAGGCUUUCUGAACAAUGCUUCGUCGCACAAUCGCUUCCCGAGCUUGGACAGCAGCAGCGUCGAAGAUAACACGAGGCCAGUCGGAAGCAGCGAUACUGAGCAGGAUCGCUACAGCAGCGAGCAAUUCGGCAGCAUCAGCUCGCUGGCUAGCAGCACGAGUCUCAUAUCGCCGCACGAACUCGGCCAGCUCCUCGACGAGGUUAAACUCGACGAUCCAUCCGAUCACAAAGACGACACGCUGGUGAUCUAUCUGAAAAAGGAGGAGAACCCGACCGGUGGCGUCGGCAUAACUCUGGCAGGUGGCUCGGACUGCGAAAUCAAGGAAGUAACGGUUCAUCGGGUACUGAAAAACUCAAUCGCCGAUCGCACCGGCAAGAUACAGCGAGGCGAUCGCGUCCUCAGCAUCAACGGGUGCAGCAUGCGCGGCUUGACGCAUCGCGAGAGCCAGGCCGUCCUCAAGCAGCCGCGCGAAGAGGUCGUACUGGUCGUCGUGCCGAGGGCCAAGCUCGACAAUACGGGCGUCAGACCGCGACACCGCACCGAGAGCGUCGAAACGAUUGUCGAAGACUACGAGACGAGCGGAGUAGGAGACAGCUCACCAUGGGGUCCACCGAUGACGGUGGUAGUGCGCAAAGACAGCAAUGGUUAUUUAGGCUUCAGCAUCGAUGGCGGCCGCGACAGCCCGAAGGGCGAUAAACCAAUCGUAAUUAAGAAGAUAUUUCCUGGAGGCCCCGCAGAAAAAACGGGCUUAUUGUCCAUGGGCGAUCAGCUGCUCGAGGUGAAUCAACGAGAUGUCUCCCGAAUGUCCAAACACGACGUUUGGACGAUUCUGAAAAAGGUGCCCGAAGACUAUGUCACCCUCUUAGUCAGACAUCCAACCAACAAGUCAUUGUAAAAUCUAACCUUCGCAUUAAUUAUCAGAUAUUCGUUUACUAUUUCAUGCGCUAAUAAUACUCAACUGUGCAAUUGAAUCGAAAAUAAUGUCAGUACGUAAUGAUAAUAGUUGAAACUCAGUGCACAGAUUUCUUCUUGCGUGUUUCGAGUACGUCGGUGUGUUUCUAAAAACUCAUCUGAUUAGUUUUUUAAAUGUAACGACGAUCGGAUCACGAAAAUUUCAUGUGUGUUUCAUCGAAUAUUUUACGUACAAAUAGAUUCUUUUUUUAAAGGUGCGAUUAUCUCGCCUUUG